CCCGACCCGUUAUAUCUGUGCUGGAGUCCUGAUCCUUUGCUUUAUCCUCUACUUCAGAUACUCUCCUGCUGCUGUCUACCCCUAUUCAUCAUCUCUCCUCAAAGUUUUCGAAUUAAAAAUGGCGGAACCAAAGAUCUUUGAACUCGACAAUGGCACCAUGCGAGUCAGAGUCUCCAAUUUUGGGUGCACAAUUCUCUCCUUGUCUGUCCCAGAUAAAGACGGGAAAAUGGAUGAUGUGGUUCUUGGAUUUGACACGCUUGAACCCUACAUGAAAGGAGCUGCCCCUUACUUUGGCUGCAUUGUUGGCCGGGUGGCCAACAGGAUCAAAGAUGGGAAGUUUACUAUUAACGGGGUUGAAUAUUCUCUUCCAAUUAACAAGCCACCAAAUAGUCUUCAUGGCGGACACAAGGGUUAUGACAAGGUCUUAUGGGAGGUAGCUGAACAGAAGCAUGGUGACACUCCAUCAAUUACCUUUACAUAUCAUAGCCAUGAUGGUGAGGAAGGUUACCCUGGAGAUCUUUUAGUCACUGCAACGUACACACUCACUUCAAAGACAACAUUGAGACUUGACAUGGUAGCAGUCCCCGGAAAUAAGGCUACUCCUGUCAGCCUAGCUCAACACACAUACUGGAACCUUGCUGGCCACAAUUCUGGGGACGUCCUCGAACACACUGCCCAGAUAUGGGCGAACCAUGUCACCCCUGUGGAUCAAAACACCAUCCCUACAGGUGAAAUUCUACCAGUCAAUGGCACCCCAUUUGACUUUACAGCCGAAAAGAAGAUUGGCCGCGACAUACAGCCGGUUGGCUUAGGGUAUGACCACAACUACGUGCUCGACUGUGGAGAUGAGAAGGAGGGUGGGUUGAAACGCGCGGCCAGGAUCAAAGAUCCCAAGAGCUCAAGAGUCCUUAACCUGUGGACGAAUGCACCUGGCAUGCAGUUCUAUACUGCUAACUAUGUGAAUGGAAUUGUUGGUAAAGAUGGGGCUGUGUAUAAUAAGCAUGGGGGGGUCUGUUUAGAGACACAGGGUUUCCCAAAUGCAAUCAACACGCCAAAUUUCCCAUCCGUUGUGGUUCAACCCGGGGAGGAGUACAAGCACACCAUGGUGUAUGAGUUUUCAGCAGAGUAAUUAAGAUGGAGUUUCUUUGUUUUUUUAUCGAAGUAAAUAUGAGAGAAGAAUAAUAAUGUGACUCCCAUUAUAAUCACUAUAUGGGCUUAUAAUUGAUUCUGUUUAGGAGUACGUACAUGAUGUUUGAGUGAGUGAUUAAAUUGUAGUGGUGUUGAACUCGGAUAUUUGUGGCAAUGCUAUUAAGUUUGGGAUCAAAUAUCAUAUACUCCCUCCGUCCCUAAAUAAACUUCCUCUUUCGUUUUUUCUUUGUCCCCAAAUAAACUUCUCUUUUCCCU